UAUGUUUUAUAGUCAGUGUCAGAGACAAGGCUCUCACGGCAAGUUGUAUCUCGUUUUCCUCAGUAUUAUAGACGAUUUUGUGAAUUUUAUUCAAGAACAUUUAAAAUGUGAUUUUAUUAAAAUAAUUUAAAAUCUUUGUGCCCUGAAAGAGUUAUUUGUGAAUAUUUCAUGUAAAGAGCAAUGGAUUUAAGUGUGUGAAUAUCGUGUUUUUGUUUUUCUUUUAAGGUUACAAACAAAAAUGGUAAUCCAACUCUCCUCUCAAAUAAACAGCGCCAAAAAAGAAGAUGGCUUUGCCAACAUUCUCGGCCACAUCGGAAGAUGGCAGAUCUUAGUCUGCGCUACAGUUUCUCUUGUAAAAUUAUCCUCUGGUUGGGUUCAAAUGGCAGUACUCUUUCUUACACCGAAAUUAAACUUCUGGUGCAUAGAAUUUUCUAAUUCAAGUCGAAUUGUUCACAAUGCAACAUGUUAUGACGAUUGUUUGAAGUACGAGUACGAUCCGAGCCCGUUUGAGAACACGAUUGUAUCGGAAUGGGGUCUAAUCUGCAGCAGAAGUUGGCUGGCGAGCUUUACACAGACAGUCCUGCAGUUUGGGAUAUUAUUAGGAAGUAUUUUGUUCGGAUUUCUUUCUGAUAGGUAUGGCCGAAAGAACACAUUCCUCGUCUCAAUAACAGCUCUCAUAGUCUUCGGAUUCGCCAUCCCUUUCGCACCCGAUUACACUACCUUUACCGUUUUACGGUUCUUCCUCGGUAUAGCAACAUCGGGAACUAUGGUCGUCUCUUUCGUGCUGAUCAUGGAGACAGCCGGCCCCAACUUCAGGGAGAUAUUGGGCUGCUUGUUCCAAAUACCAUUUAUAAUAGGACAUAUGACUGUGCCGUUGUUCGCCUACUUUUUCAGGAGUUGGGACUCUUACAGUUUGGCGUUGGCGAUACCACCUGUCAUAUAUUUUGGAUACUUUUUCUUAUUAACGGAAUCACCACGAUGGUUGGUCAGCGUUGGACGAGUGAAGGAGGCAACUGUUAUUGUAAAGAGAGCUUGUGUAAUGAACAAUCUACCAACAACUAAAGUAGAAGAGAAUCUCAGUAAAUUAGCACAGAGUAUACAGAGCAGUCCGUCAGGGCCCAAACUCAACUAUUCAGCGCUGUUUCGCAAGUCGCUGCGGCUGAGGACAGUCUGCUGCUGCGUCAUGUGGACCAUCAGCGGGCUGACGUUCUUCGGCUUCAAUCAGUACAUCAGCCAGACUAGCCCAGAUCCAUUCAUCAGCGUUGCUGCUGCUGGAGCUAUACAGAUUCCAUCGAAUCUUAUAUCAAUUUGGUUGAUAAAAUACUUCGGUAGAAGGAUCACGACUGCGAUGUUCUUCACGCUGGGGGGCGUCUGCGUGGUGGUGCUAGGAGUCGUCCCUGAUGAUUUUUGGAUUACACUAACUCUUGGGACAUUAGGAGUCAGUUGUGCUGCUAUAGUCGCCGCUACUAUUUACAUUUAUACCUCGGAGCUGUUCCCUACUGUUGUAAGGAACAUGGCGAUGGGAUCCAGCUCAAUGUCUAUGAGGAUUGGAUCUAUGAUAGCACCGUUUGUAUCCAAUUUGUCAUUAACAGUGUCAUGGUUACCUACAUUGAUAUUUGGUUUCGCGCCAAUAGCGGCUGGCAUAGUUUGUCUGUUACUCCCAGAGACGAAAGGAACUACAUUACCUGAUAGUUUAGAAGAUGAUUAAGUACAAUUAAGUUUAUUUUAUAGCUUUAUUAAGUAUACGAUUAAUUAAUAAAUGUUGAA